AUGGAAACGAAACAGUUAACACGAAUAUCUUCGGUAGUCGGUCUAUUUCUAUCUUUAACCAAACCCUUCACAUGGGGUCAACACGCACUUAUACGGUCUGGAGAGGCUUACUUAUCUUAUAGUUUAGGGCCUUUAGCCGUCUUUGUUUACAUUGCUUCUUAUUUUUUCUGGUUCAAUAAUACCGCUUAUCCUAGUGAAUUUUACGGGCCUACUGGAUCAGAAGUUUCUCAAGCUCAAGCAUUUACUUUUAUAGUUAGAGACCAACGUCUUGGGGCUAAUGUGGGGUCCGCUCAAGGACCUACUGGUGUUUCUCCGACCGAAGAAGGCAUUUAUGGAGGAGAAACAUGCAUUUUUAGGAUAUGUGUGCUCCAUGGUUAG